CAACAAAAAAAAAAAAAAGAAAACGCAUUUCAUUGCCAACAACUGACGAAACGGUCAACGACAUUGCAACAACAACAACAUUGCAACAUUUACGCGAAGACGCAGCAAGCAACAACAACAACAACAGCAAUAAAAAAAAAAAAGAGAGACUGCAGCAGCAACAACCACAACAACAACAAGCAGUAGCAACAAAAUAGCAAAAAAAUGCCCAAAUGCGAUGUGAAAACGCGUUACAUUCCUGCGACUUUCGCCUGGAUUGUCCUGCUUUUGACCACAUUUCUCUUCUUCUUCUAUCCCUGCCAGUACUAUGUGAAGAGCCAUCCAUGGGUGCUGGCCUACCAGGGCGUCAUCACGUUCUUCGUGCUGGCCAACUUCACACUGGCCACGUUCAUGGACCCGGGCAUCAUCCCCAAAGCCUCGCCCGACGAAGACUGCGAAGAGGAGCUGCGCGCCCCCCUCUACAAGAAUGCCGAGAUCAACGGCAUCACCGUCAAGAUGAAGUGGUGCGUCACCUGUAAGUUCUAUCGCCCGCCACGCUGCUCCCACUGUUCAGUCUGCAAUCAUUGUAUUGAGACCUUUGACCAUCACUGUCCGUGGGUCAACAACUGCAUUGGCAGAAGGAACUACAGAUUCUUUUUCUUCUUCCUCGUAUCCCUCUCCAUACACAUGCUGAGCAUAUUCUCGCUAUGCCUGGUAUAUGUCCUCAAGAUAAUGCCAAAUAUCAAGGAUACAGCGCCCAUUGUUGCGAUGAUCCUGAUGGGCCUGGUCACCAUUUUGGCCAUCCCCAUAUUCGGCUUGACGGGUUUCCACAUGGUCCUGGUGUCCAGGGGUCGCACGACCAACGAACAGGUCACCGGAAAGUUCAAGGGCGGCUACAAUCCCUUCUCACGUGGCUGUUGGCACAAUUGUUGUUACACGCAGUUCGGACCACAGUAUCCGAGCCUGCUGAACCCAAAGAAGUAUGCGUCGCGUCGCUCCCAGACCCAAAACCAGGCGAUCAGCACGAUCUGCAACGACCGGAGCAGCCAGCAGACUGGCGCCAGCGGCGGUGCGGGCGGUAAUGGUACUACUGCCGCCGGUGGAGGCGGUGCCGGUGGCGGCAGCGGCGGUGGAGGAGGCGGCGGCGGCGGUGGCGGUAUGCGCGGCACUGCGGUGCAGUACUCGCCACGCUCCUACUACGAUGCGAAUCGCGAGAAGCGGGGAAUACAGCUAUCGCCGGGACGUGAAUGCUCCGACACGGAUCUGGAACCGCCACCCGCCUCCCAGAGUCAAGACUGCGAACCCACACCACCCCUGCAGCGCCACAAUUCGAGCAGCUUCUACCUGCCGCAGGUGAGCGAUGCUGGCGGCCUUAAUGGCAGCAUUUCGACGGGUGCGGGUGCUGGAGGUGGUGGUGGCACCGGCAGUGGAGGUGGCGGCGGUGGUGGCGACUCCCCGCGGCACAUGCGUCUCUAUCAUCCGCGACACAGUCCGCACGCGAGACCCAGGGGUCUGGAUCCUCAACGCGGCUAUACGAGUGAUGCCCUAUCCCCGGAUCAUCCUGUAGGAUAUGGCGUCGGCGUCAACGGACCGGCGCAGCAGCAGCAGGCGGCGCUGGCAGCGGCAGCAGCGGCGGCGGCGGUGGCAGCACAAAAUCAACGCAACGCAACUACCACAGCCACGCCCACCAUGCAGCAAAGGAUCAAGCCGCUGGGCGUUGCCACGCCCCUUGUUAUGGCUAGUCCAGUGCGAAGAUCCAACCCGGGCACGCCCACUCAGCCGCGACGCCCCGACUUCAUUGGACUGAACGCUCAGGCGGUGGCACAGCAGCAGCAGCAACAGGCAGCAGCGGCAGCUGCAGCAGCGGCCUACUACGAGUACACGAGUGGCCUGCCGCCACAGCAUCCGCAGGCGCCGAGCAUCCAGCAGCAGCAACAACAGCUGCUCCUGCAACAGCAACGCGUCCUCAUGCAACACCAGCAGCAACAGCAGCAAGCCCUGCAACAGCAGCAGCAGGUGGCAGCCGUGCAUGCGGCGCAUCCGCAGCACGCGUCCCUCGCCCAGGCGGCGUACGGUGGCAGUCCGCAACGGCGCUUCCUCUCCGAGGGCGAGCUGGUGCGCCAGGGGGCGGGCGGCGGCAUUUCCGGUGGCGAGCUGAGCUAUGCCCGGUCCAACAAUACGGUGGACAACAUCCGGGAGCUGGCCGGCAGUCCGCAACGGGGCGUCUACAUGUGGAAGGACACAUCGCCGGGCUUCGGCACUUCCGUGGCCGGAGGACAGCAGCAGCAGCAGCAACAGGUGGUGGCCAGCAGUGGCAUCGGCAGCAGUGCGGGCACGCUGUCGAGCAGCGGAGGAGGAGUGAUGCCACACGCCCAGUACAUAACGGCCGGCGGGGGAACCCAUCCGCUGAUCAUGACCCACUCACGCCUCCAGGACUACGCACUCCAGCAGCAGCAACAGCAACAACACCAGCAACAAGCAGCGGCCGCGGCAGCAGCAGCAGCGGCGGCAGCUUCCUCAUAUCAUCGCUCCAAUCCCACGAGUCCGACGACCAUGCCCCAGGUCUCCGGAGCGGGUGGCCAGAGCUAUAUCCUGCGCUACGGAGGCGGGGGUGGCGGCACCGGAACCGGCAGCAGCGGCAGCCUGGCCAGCGUUACGGCCAGUAAUCCGGUGAGCGGCGGAGUCGGUGGUGGUCCAGGCGGUGGUGGCUAUCAGCCAGCUUUGCGCGGCGGUGUGGCUGUCUUCCCGCCCAAUCCGCUGGGAAAUUCCGGCGGCGGCGGCAAUCCCCAGACCCAGCCAUCGCCGCAAAUCAAGCGAAAGCAAACACCCACGCGACCCAUGAGCUUUGUGCGCGCCCUGGAGAUGACCGACUCCAUGGAGAUGCAGUCUCUGGAGCAGCAGCAGCAGCAGCAGAACGGUGGUGUGCCCGGCAUGAACACCAGCCAGCAGGGCGGUGGCAGUGCAGCACACUUGAUGCAGAACAACUCAUCCAAUUCGGGCACUCCGGACAGGGCUAGCAUUUACGACAUGAACUACGAGAUCUCCGUAUAACCCGUGGUGGUGCCCGUGCUACUGAUGCCACCUGCCUUGGCCGCCACAGCCACAGCCUCUGCCUCUACAAGUAGUCCAAAUCCAGCUACAGUGGUGGCCACCUCCUCCUCCUCCGUUACCAUGCAACAGGCAAAGUAUUUCAAUCAGCAAAUGGAACCAGCCGCGUAUGCUUCGGUGCCAGUUUUACCCCUCAAGACCAUGACCAAUGGCAUUGCCGGAGGAGCUAGCCAUGCACAGCCACAUCCACAGCCACAACCACAUCCACAUCAUCAUCAGCACCAGCAGCAGCAGCCGCAGCACCACCUCCUUCAGCAACAAUCCCAAAACAAACGAAAAUUUUCAACAUUUUUCUAGAUAAGAUUUCAAUUCAAAUCCCAGUUAGUUUUCUUUCUUUUCGGAUAUAUAUAUAUAUAUAACGAAUAUAUAUAUAUAUAUACAUGUUAUGAAAUAGGUUGCAGUGCUGCACUAGUUUUCAAAAUCAUUUUUUGAUAUAUUGUUUUUAUUAAUUUCUAACGAAUAUGAUAAUUUUUUUACGAAUCGGAUUUUAAAACGAAAUGAUUUCUAAAACAAAAAAAAAGAAAAAGAAACGAAAAAGUAUAGAAAUUGUACACGAUCGCGAGAGAUCAGGGCAGAUACACAUAGAACGGCCUUAAGAGCUCCAAGACUCUUAAACAUUAUACUCAUGUCCUGUUGUGUAUUUGCCCUGGACACCCCCCCAUCUACCCACUAGCUAUAUCCUUUAUACAUAUAGUACACACAUAUAUGGAAACCUUUUGCAAUCAAUUUGAAAAUCGCCAAAAUUUGUAAGAGUUAAUACAAAAAAAAAAAGAAAAAGAAAAACUAAAAUACGAAUACGAAUUCAAAAAUCGAAAUCGAAAUCAUAUACAUUGUACGUGAGUGUUUCGGUGUAUGUGUAUGUGUGUAAGAUUGUGCCAGUGUGUGUGCGUGUGCAUCUGUAUUUUCUAAGGUUUAGUCUUUAUAUAUAUUUAUAUCUAUUUAUGCCAUAUAUGUAUAUGUAUAUAGCCCAGGUGCAGACAGAGAAAUUUAUAUGUCAUUCGUGUACAUAGAUGGAGGAGGAAAGUGAGUGUGCAAACGAUCGGUCAUCGAGUGCUGCGAGUAUCUGUAAGAUAGUAUAUACCUCGAGUACAGUGCGUUUCAAAAGCAAACCCCCAGUUAGUCAUAGCUUUUGUACUCCAUAACGUCCCUGUUUAAAAAGCGCACUGUGCUUGGAGAUUACUCGACAUAUACUCCAGAAGAGAUUGCAUUAGUUAUUACACCUAUUGUUUAAUUUAUUUUUAUUUUUUUUUCAAUUUAAAUUUUCAUUUAUUGUUUUUUUUUCGAUCAUACAUAUAAUAUAUAGUGUAUUUUAUGUAUAUUUAGUAAUCGUAAGUGAGCCCUAAUCGCGUAACUUAAAUGUCGUCCAAUAUUCAAAUCAAAUCAUUUGAUUUUCAUGUACAUAAGUGUAUAAUGAAUGAGGAUUCUUUGGUUCUAGCUUACCAAUUACUUAUGUACUAUAGGGUACGGCUAUAUGUAUAUAUAUAUAUAUAUAAAUAUUUCUAUCAAUAUUUAUAUUAAUAUUAUAUGUAUUCCGUAAGCACCCAAAACUUUGUUGUUAUGUUUUUAAGUGCUUUAGCUUUUACAUCAAAGCCCCGAUUGAGUGUUCGAGUGUGUGUGCACGUUUUUUUUUUUUUUAGAAAAAUUUCAAAAAAAAAUUCAUUGUUUCAUUUAUAUAUUUUUUAUUUUUUAAAUUUUCUUAGAAAUAAUAUCUGUAACAUACACACCUGAUCUACGAGGGCAACUCUAUAUGUGUCUGUAUUAUGUUUGUGUGCUGCUGCAUCAGGCGAUAGAUCUAAAUAUAUAUAUAUCUAUAUAUAUGAUCCACAUAAUCUAUAUAUAUAUAUAUGUAUAAGAGAAAGAACAAAAUAACCUGGAUAAUCCCAAAAAAAACCUUUCCCUGAUCAGAUCACGAGAGUUUGCAAGGAACAAAAUACUUGUAAAGACUAUACGAAAUAUAUAAUGGAUCAAGAGUAUUUAGUAUAAGCGUUUUUUGCUAACACAUUAAUUCAUGAAUUUGCAACAAUAUUUAAUAUACAUAAAGAAAAUGCAUAUACAAACAAAAAAAAAAAAAAAAAACACAAAACAAAAGCGAGAUAAACGAAAAACCGAAACAAAAAUGUAAUGUAAAGUGUAAAAGGAGGAAAAGAGGAUGAAAUUGUUUUAGAUUUUUAUACCAAAUUGAUGUAAAACCACAAAUUGCUUAUUUUUUUGUAUUCCUAAAACCUAAACCUCAACCUACAACCUUGACCCUCUAGCCCUAAGGGGCCACGACCCUGAUCUCUUCAGGGAAUGUGAGAAAAUGACUCUAACAAAGUCAAAAAGCCAGAGAAACAACAAUGUUUCAAGAUGUUAAGAAUAUGCAAGAUUCUUGGGUUCUGAAAUUGUUUUUUUUUUUGUAUUGAAUACUUAUGUAAUUUGUAAAUUAUAUGACAAGUAAUCAAAUAGCAAGCAUAAACGGCAAGGCAAUUAAUAAAUAAUAAAAAUUAAA